CUCUGACGCAGGAGUGCUGGAUUGUGGCAAAAAAUCUGUUUCAAAUAUCAUCCACAAAUGUGUGCUGUGCAAGAAACUGAGAGGUAAAAUGGAGAGUCAGAAGAUGUCGGCUUUGCCCUCAGAUAGAGUUUCUGUAGAUCCACCUUUCACACACACAGGUCUUGAUGUUUUUGGACCAUUCACUGUGGCGACACGUAAGACAAGAGGGCAUAACGCUGAGAACAAGCGAUGGGCUGUCAUAUUCAGUUGCUUAAAUACCAGAGCAGUUCACUUAGAGGUUGUGGAGUCUCUAUCAGCGUCAAGCUUUAUAUGUGCAUUGCGACGCUUCUUGGCUGUCAGAGGACCAGUGAAGCACUUUCGUUCUGACAGGGGGACAAAUUUCGUUGGAGCAGUCAAGGAACUCCAAAUUGACAGUAGCGACUCAGAGUUGAAAGGCUUCUUGCAGAAUCAAGGUUGCACGUGGACCUUUAAUGCUCCACAUUCCUCCCAUAUGGGAGGAGUGUGGGAAAGAAUGAUCGGGAUUGCCAGACGUAUUUUGGAGGCUCUCUUGAUGAAAACUCCCACAAGACUCACGCAUGAGGUCUUAACAACUUUAAUGGCAGAAGUCAUGGCCAUCAUGAAUUCCAGACCCUUAACCCCAAUUUCAUCAGAUACGGGCAUGCCCCAAGUGCUUUCACCAGCAAUGCUCUUAACUCAGAAGGCGAGUGUUGCUCCAGCUCCUCCAGGAAAUUUUAAGAUAGGGCAACUGCACAAAAAUCAGUGGCAUCAAGUCCAGAUGUUGGCUGAUUCAUUCUGGAAGCGAUGGAAGCAGGAGUACUUGUCUACCUUGCAACCCAGGAGAAAAUGGACAGAGGAGAGAGAGAGUAUUCAGGAAGGAGACAUUGUUCUGUUGAAGGAUGGGGAAGCUAAGCGCAGUGAGUGGCCAAUUGGUCUCAUAGCAAAGACUAUAGCCUCAUCUGAUGGAAAAAUUCAUAAGGUUAUGGUGAAGACUGCUAAGCAGGGGGUAUUCAGAGAGUACUUAAGACCUAUAUGUGAUGUUGUCUUACUUUUGUCAAAUAAUCGGAAUGCAUAGUGGUAUAACACAAGUUAUACCAGGCGGGGAGUGUUCUGUGCAGUAUUAGUUUUUUCUUUAGUUUCAUUUUGGUUUGUAUAAGUAGUUCAUGUGUGACACCUUGUGGUGAAAAUCGUUAUUACAAUACUCAGUAGAACGCAACAGGAAGCUCGUAAAACAAUAGAAGAAGAGUCGUUUUCUGUGAUCUGCGAUUUAGAUGCUGUCUAAUCCUUGGAGUAGAUACGACCGUAAGUUAUAAAUUUCAUAUUGAAAAUAACUGCAAUAAUGUUGUGUUAAUUUAAUUAAAAGCUGGUCGUUAUCAAGAUGUUUAGAGAUUGAUGUUUGAUUCUGAAAUAUAGCGUGAU